UGGCCAUAGGGGAGACAGUGAUGGAGGAGGCAGGGAUGCUGUCUGACGAUGGCUUACCCAGCUCACCCAUCCUGUAAAGUCCUCCAAGCAAACCUCCACCAUAGCAUGACAGCAACGGCUCAAAUGCGAAAAUGGUUGGAGGUUAACACAACAGCCAUUGCACUGAUCCAGGAGCCGUGGGUCAGGAAUGGCACUGUAUGCGGACUCCGGAACUCUGGAGAUGUGUGCGCCAUACAGCUGCAUAGUACGCAAGACCACAGCCUGCCGGAGAUGGUGAUCGCGUCGGCCUACAUGCCGGAGGCUGAUGCGCCACCGCCGCACGACAUGGCACGGCUGAUAACAUACUGCGAAGAGGCCAGGCUGCAACUAAUUAUAGGCACUGACUCCAACGCACAUCACACCCUAUGGGGAAUGAAAACAACAAACGAAAGAGAAGCGGCCUCCGAGACCAUCUCCAACUAGCACGUAUCCGAUGAGGCAUCGUGCUCAGAUCACAGAUGGAUACGCUUCGAUGUGCA